CCGUGACGGAAGCGCGCAGGGGUGACCUCACCGUCCAACAUGGCGGCGGCGGUAGAUUAGGGCCCCGGUUCGAAGCAGCCACCGCCGCUCCCGGACCCUGUGGGAAGCACCUGCUGCCGGCGCCGCCUCCUUCAUCCCUUCUGGGGCAGGGCCGAGGCCAGAUUUCCACCAUAAAUAGACCUCUUUGGAGCUCCUUCAGCCAAUUCAAUGGCGUCCUCUACUACUGUGCCUCUAGGAUUUCACUAUGAAACAAAGUAUGUUAUUCUCAGCUACUUGGGACUUCUCUCUCAGGAGAAACAAGAAGAUCCUUCACCCCAAGGAGUUCAACUAGAUGUUGCUCCACGGUCUUUGGACCCAGAAGUUUUAUUAAAAGUUAAAUCUGAGAUUGAAGAAGAACUGAAAUCCUUGGACAAAGAAGUCUCUGAAGCCUUCACCAGCACAGGCUUUGACUGUCACACGUCACCAGUGUUUAGCCCUGCUAACCCGGAAAGCUCAAUAGAAGACUGCCUGGCCCAUCUUGGAGAAAGAGUGUCCCAGGAUCUGAAAGAGCCUUUGCAUAAAGCAUUGCAAGUGAUUCUCAGCCAGCCAGUGACAUAUCAGGCAUAUCGUGAAUGUACAGUAGAGGCUGCAGUUCAUGCCAGCGGAUGGAAUAAGAUUUUGGUGCCUCUCAUUUUGCUGCAACAAAUGCUUUUGGAGUUGACACGGCGUGGUCAAGCGCCCCUCAGUACCCUGCUGCAGUUUGGUGUGACGUAUCUGGAGGACCAUGCAGCAGAGUUCAUCAUUCAACAAGGUGGCUGGGGCACUAUCUUUAGUCUUGAGUCUGAGGAGGAAGAAUACCCUGGGAUUAUUGCAGAAGAUAGUAAUGACAUUUAUAUCCUGCCCAGUGACAACUCCGGACAAGUCAGUCCCCCGGAGUCCCCAACCGUGACAACAUCUUGGCAGUCUGAGAGCUUACCUGUCUCGCUGUCUGCUAGCCAGAGUUGGCACACAGAAAGCCUCCCGGUGUCCCUGGGGCCUGAGUCCUGGCAGCAGAUAGCCAUGGACCCCGAGGAAGUGAAAAGCUUGGACAGCAGUGCGGCUGGGGAGAAGAGCGAGAAUAACUCUUCCAACUCCGACAUUGUGCACGUGGAGAAGGAAGAGGUACCCGAGGAGGCGUUCCCGGGAGCCGCGGCUCCCCUGCUCCCACACACCGCCACCAAGGGAGCUGCAGAAGCGAGGGCCGAGAAAACCAGCCCCACUCCAUCUGUAUUUGUGGAGUUUGGCGAGGAGGAGCUGGAAGCAGCAGCAGAGAGGCCCGCUGCCUUGGAGGGGGCGGAGCAGGCUGUCCAGCUGAGUGCGGAGGGGCCUAGGAGCAGGAGAGAGAGCCACACCGGGGAGGCCAGCACUGCCGGGGGAGCGGCCAAGCGCGCCCCGCCCUCAGAGGGCAAGGCUGUACUGCUGUUUGGAGGGGCUGCUGCAGUAGCCAUCCUGGCAGUGGCAGUGGGAGUUGCGUUGGCUCUAAGAAAGAAGUAACAGCUUUUUCAGACGACAAAGAAGACAAAGGGACCUACGGCUUUAGUUGUAUUCACUGGAACGUAGUCUGCCGGCAGUGGAGUGGACAUUUACAGGACACUGGGGGGAAUUGGGCUCUCUAUUCAGCAUGGCAAUGGCUUGAGAUAGAAUGUUCACACUGGCCUGGUUGUCAUCCUGAGGGCCUUGGCUCAUGCUAGAUUUGGAAGGGUAAGAGUGCAAUUCCCAUCUAGAACAGGCCUGUCAAACUUGGGCACCUUGGACCUUUCAGUCAUUCUCUGUGGGAGGCUGCCCUGUGCAUUAGGUGACACCUGGAAACAUUGCUGGAUUCUACCCACUGGAUGCCAGCGGCACCCCACUAUUAGUGAGUGCAGCCAGAAAUGUCUCCUACAUUGCCAAAUGUCCCUGUGGACAAAGUCAUCCCCUGUUGAGGGCUACUGCUUUAAGGGAUAGGGUUCAAUUAAGAGAAUCUGGGGGAGGAAGCCGCAGCUGGGGACAGCCAGCUGCUCAUCCUGUUGCAGUUUCUCGUAACGGGUGAACUUGCUAUGCUCUGUCUGCAGCUGCUUUUUUUUUCUGGUUUCCCAUUCUGUACCGUGAGGUACUCUCCCACAUUACACCACCUCUCAGGUACCCCUGUACCCCUUCGAACCCAGCAAAGCCCCAAGCUUCCCAUGGUUCCAUCUUUCAAAGAUGCUGCCUUUAGGAAUCUUUAAAAGAUAAAUACCCAGGCCAGGUUUGGUGGCACCAUCUGUAAUCCCAGUAUUUAGGAAGUGGAGGCAAGGAGAUUAUCACAAGUUCAAAGCUAGCCUGGUGUACAUACUGAGUUUGAAACCAGUCAGGACUGCAUGGUGAAACCCUCAAGAAAAGAUAAAUACGUUGAAGCUGUAGGAGACUUAGGGUUACCUAGUCUGAUUGCCAGUGCAGGUUGCAGGCUGCACUCAUUGUUCGUAGAGGCAGGAAGGUGGUCUACACGCCCUGUCAAGGUCAGUUCGACCUCUCACACAUGUAGCCAGCCACCCCAUGUGCCCGUGACUUAGCAGUGACACCUCUGAUGGCAUGUGCACCGUCUGGAACCCUGAGUUAGUGUGCUUCCCAGUACCUGACCUUGGUCAUUGGGACAUCACCAACUUCUCUGUGGGUCUCCUGCCGUGAAGGAAGCAGUGUCAUCCUUUGGCUUCCAGAACAGGUUGGAUCAUAACCCUUAUUCAGUGUAAAUCAUUGAAAUAAAUGAUAAAAUUUUAUCAUUUAAUAUUAGGUAUCACUUAAUGAAAACUUGAAUUUAAGACCAAGACUGCUGCUGAGGCACCGUUUUGGUCUUCUGAGUUCAAGAGGAGACCUUUUGGCCUGAACUCUCUUCUGCCCGAUGCCCGGGUGAUAGACCAAGAGGAUCCCAUGCACUCACUCUAGUUAGUGGCACUCUGCAGGGCCUUCUGUCACUUGGCUGACCCCAUCCCUCAAGGAGGGGUGGGACCUGCCCCUCUCAUGCCUGCAGGCCACCUGCAAGGCACACGUGCUUGGUAAGAAGUCUUCUCAGAUUUAACUUAGUCAUGUAACAUUACUUCUUAGAUCCUGAAAUUUAUAAUAAAAAUACUUUUAACUA